AUGGCCCCCUCUUCUUCUUCUGUGACGCCAAAGACGACGACGUCGAAGCCCAACGUGUUCAAGCGAUUCGACGUCGUUUCGGACCACUCAGACCACCACUACGUCAACAACAGAAACGGCUGCUGCGGCGGCGGCCGGGUUCAGAAGAAGAUCAUGCAGGAGUGGAAGAUUCUGGAGAAGCACCUCCCGGACUCCAUCUACGUGCGCGCCUACGAGACCCGCAUCGACCUGCUCAGGGCCGUCGUCGUCGGAGCCUCCGGCACGCCCUACCACGACGCGCUCUUCUUCUUCGACAUCGCGUUCCCCUUCGAUUACCCGACCCACCCGCCCGAGGGGAAGGAGAAGUGGGACCCAUCUCAGUCGACGAUCCUCCAGGUUCUGGUGUCGAUCCAAGGCCUGGUUCUCAACAAGGAGCCCUACUUCAACGAACCGGGAACCGGGAACCGGUUCGGAUGCGAGGCGUCUCGGGCCUACAACGAGAAAGUCUUCGUUUUGACUUGCAAAACGACGCUGUAUUUGCUCUCGAGGGCGCCGCUGAAUUUCAAGGCUUUCACCGCCGCGUUCUAUAGGCAGAGAGCGGGCGUGAUACUGAGAGCGUGUAGGGCCUACGCGAACGGGCGCGUGGUGGUGGGACACUACAAGGAUGAGGAUGCUGGUGUUGCGGUUACGAAGGUUAAGCGGAAAUUCGUGGCGUCGAUGGUGGAGUUGUACCCUCAACUGUUUAAGGCAUUUCAAGGAACAGGGGCUUCUUUGGAGGGUUUGCUCGAGCACCUGACGGUGGAGACUCGUUAUCCGGCGCCGUCUAAGCCGCGGGGGAAGUGUAUUGUGAAAAGGGCGUUUGACAGAUUGAAAACAAUUUUGGGAUUGGGGGGAUCGAAGAAGAAGACGAAGGAGGGGGAGGAGAAUGAGAAUAGUAACAACAAGAAUGACGAUGGCACGAAUGGCAAAGCUGGGGUGGCUGCUGCUGCUGCAGCAGCUGAUUGAGAUUGGAUUGGGAGAUGCAGGGACACAUUCGAGAUUUAGGUUUGGUUCCAGGGGUAUUUUUGGGUAAAUAAAAGUAAUAGGGGAUUUAUUGAUAGGAUUUAGGAUCGGCUUCUUUUGUUUUGCUUUGCUGGUGUGAUGAAUGGUUACGUUACGCCGGUACAGGACGUUAGGAUUUAACACUUGAAUUUGAAGUUUAAAAAAACACACAUAUACUGAAUGCAAUGGGACGUAAACAAAC